AUGAUGGAAACACUCACACCUAUUAAACAAGAUACUCCAAACACCACUGCUUCACCUCCUCCUCCGCCUUCCUUGACGAAAAAGGUGGACUCUGUGUCUGCUACAGAAUGUGCAAAUUGCGGUACUACUACUACGCCUCUGUGGAGAAGAGGUCCCAACGGUGAGACUAUCUGUAAUGCUUGUGGUCUUUAUCUCAAGGCGAGAAACACCUUAAGACCUCCUACACUGAAAAGAACCGUUCAUAAGAAGGCUGUGAAUUCAGCAGAACAGAAGAGCGAUUGUGGUGGAGGUACUUGUCCAGGUGGUGGUCAAUGUAAUGGCACUGGUGGUUCCACUUCUUGCGCUGGGUGUCCCGCUUUUAAUCAGCACCAAGUAAAUCGCCAAGCUCUCAUUUGUGCAAACUGCAGAACAACAACAACCCCACUAUGGAGGCGAGAUGAACAAGGCAACACUAUCUGUAACGCUUGUGGUCUGUAUUAUAAGCUUCAUAAUGUUCAUAGACCAGUGAGCAUGAAGCGCAGUGUCAUCAAGAGAAGAAAAAGAAUCAUCGUAGCACAAGGUAGUGAUGAAGAAGAAUUGGAUGAUGAAGAUGAUACUCUCUCACAAACAUCUUCCAUGUCAACAUCUCAACCACCCUCUCGACCUCCUCUCCCUGCCUCUUCACUGUCCUAUCCCAGUAAUCCACCCAACAAUGCGCACCAACAACACCGAAAGAUGACUCAUCCAGUUCCAGAAAUCGAGGAUUAUGUUGUGCUGAAAAAGAAAAAGUUAAUGGAGCUACCCAAAAAGAAACAACAGCAUUACCUACUAUCAUCACCCCCAGCGCAUCCUACUCCUCUUAGAGCAACCCCUAUGUCGCCUCCACCACUGCCAUCAUCCUCAUCUUCUCAACCAUACACACAUACUCCUGUUACCAUCAGCGCCGUUAAUGCAUCAUCCUCUGCACCCACAUCCUUAUCUGACAAAAUCCAUCCUCAACAGCAAUCAUACCACCAACAACACUCACCAUCUCCUCAGCCUCCUCCACCUCAGCAACAACAAAACAAGUCUCCCUUGUUCUCAAAACCAUAUCCAGAGAGUCAAUCAACGACAAAGAGCUUUUUGCCUCCGAUCUCUUUAGAGCGUCAAUCGUAUCGACUUGAAUCACUGUUUGGUCGUAGAGAUUCCGCUUCGUCAGCUACCUCAUCUGUCAAUACCAAUAAUACAUUACCUCCUCUAUCGUUACCACCAUUGACUCCUCCCUCAUCACAACCUCAACAACAACAACACUCUCAUCAUCAACCGCAACGUAGUAUGUCUCCUAUACAAAUGUCUCAGCAGCAACCUUCGCCACCACAUCAAUUACUUCAGCAACAACAGCUUCCGCCUCCACCUCAACAACAACACCAUCUUCACCAAAAUAAUGGUUAUGAGUUGGCUGACUUUGAUCAAGCACUUGAUCGCUUGGAGCAUCUGAGAAGACAAGUGAGACCCGAGCAAUCGUAUGCUCUCUCUCAAUUAACUCAAUCAUUAAGUGAUUUGGCCUCGAAAGCAGAAGCAAUUUUAUCAUUAGAUUCAUUAGCCUAUGGUCGAUAA